CGCUCACACACACGCGCGCGCACACCGGUUACAUCGAUCAUCUGAUCGCGAUUCGUGCUUCGUGGUUGUACUUCGUGGGUUUGUAUGUAAACCGCGGGAUCUCCCUGUGAUAAGCGUGUCACGUGAAAUUUUCAUUCCCUGCCCUGUGCACCCGAUGUCUCGGAAAGUACGGUAACUCUCUCUCUCUCUCGCUCGCCGUCCGUGUGUAUCCGUGUAUGUGUCUCCGUUAAGCUCAUCCGCGGAUACGUCAUCUCGACGCGUGUUUCUCUCGCAUCGCGGAGUCUCUCUCGCCGGGAGAGAUCGAGAUUCCCUCGGAGAGACGAGCGAGCGCGAAAACGGGCUCCGUUUCUGACGAACGGAACCCGAAGGCCCCCUCGAGUUACCGGGGCAGGGGUGAGAGGGGGGGGACUGCAUCGCGGAUUAUUUACAAUCUAUCGGUCUCGUAUAACCUCCGACCGAAAAUUUCGUGCGCGAAACUUUGACGCGAAGCGUCCUGGAAAUAAUAUUGUCGUGCGAUGGUUCGGUAAAAGUAAAAUAAACAGAGAAUCUUCGUCGCGAGUAUAAGAUAUUUCCUUCUGCCUGUGCGUAAUGGGACUAUACUGUAAACUUGUAAACACCUUGGACAGUAAUGCCAAGCCAUGAAUAAUGAUACGCAAAACGCCGUAAAAGUGAGAACGUUGUUAUGAAACUCUUAGACUUGUACCUUAAAUGGAAGUAUUAAGGAACAACUUUGAACGCUAUCAUUAAGAAUGGAUCACAUACAGGAAGUACGGCAGCUGGAAUUGCUGUGCAAGCAAUUGUAUGAGUCGCAAGAUUCGGCGCAUCGUGCAGAGGCAGAGAAAGCCCUCGUCGCUUUCCAAAAUGCACCGGAUACGCUUACAAAGUGCCAGCUCCUCUUGGACCGUGGGGAUUCUGCGUACGCUCAAUUACUGGCCGCCACCACUCUGACAAAACUGGUGUCACGUUCGGCGCAGGGACAGCUUACAACAACCCUCAGCUUACAACAGAGACUCGAUAUACGAAAUUAUGUACUCAAUUACUUAGCGACGCAACCAAAGUUACCAAAUUUUGUGAUACAGGCUUUGGUUACACUUUUUGCUAGGAUAUCAAAGCUUGGAUGGUUUGAUUCUGAUAAGGAGGAAUUUGUCUUCAGAAAUGUAGUCAGCGAUGUAGCCAAGUUUCUUCAGGGAUCAGUGGAGCAUUGUAUGAUAGGAGUACAGCUACUUUCUCAAUUGACAUGUGAGAUGAAUCAAAUAUCGGAAGCCGAUGCGAACAGAUCUCUGACAAAACAUAGAAGAAUAGCAAGUAGUUUUAGAGACACGCAACUAUUUGAAAUAUUUAGGCUAUCGUGUACCUUAUUAAGUACAGCCCGUGAAAAUUGUAAGAGUUUAAACUUCAAUGAUGAAGCACAGCAUGGAUUGAUAAGACAAUUGUUGAAACUUGCACAAAACUGUUUAACAUUCGACUUUAUCGGCACAUCGACUGAUGAGAGCUCCGACGAUCUUAAUACAGUACAAAUUCCAACAAGCUGGCGACCUGCAUUCUUGGAUUUCACUUCAUUGAAACUGUUCUUUGAUCUAUAUCACAGUUUACCUAAUACGUUAUCGUGCUUAGCACUUUCAUGUUUGGUUCAGAUAGCGUCUGUUAGAAGGAGCCUGUUCUCCAAUACCGAAAGAGCGAAAUUCCUGACACAUUUAGUCAAUGGUAUUAAGCAUAUACUACAGAAUCCUCAGGGUCUCAGCGAUCCAGGGAACUAUCACGAGUUUUGUAGAUUAUUAUCUCGACUGAAGAGCAAUUUCCAACUUGGCGAGUUGGUUCUGGUGGAAGAUUAUCCCGAAGCAAUAGCGCUAAUCGCGAAAUUUACGGUGCAGAGUUUACAAAUGUGGCAAUUUGCGCCCAACAGUUUGCACUAUCUCUUAACUCUCUGGCAAAGAAUGGUAUCGUCUAUGCCAUAUGUCAAGGCAGGUGAUCCACAUCUAUUAAAUACAUACACUCCGGAGGUGACGAAUGCGUACAUUACGUCGAGACUUGAAUCAGUAGCGGUAGUGGUCAGGGAGCGUCUGGAGGAUCCGUUGGAUGAUCUCGGAGUCGUUCAUCAUCAGCUGGAACAGAUAUCAGUCAUUGGUAGAUGCGAGUAUCAAAAGACAUGCACCCUAUUAGUUCAAUUGUUCGAUCAAGCAGCGAGAACUUAUCAGGAAUUAAUGGCACAAACAGUAUCGCCCACGCAACAAAUUGAUAUUGCAAUCCAGGAGGGACAACUCACAUGGCUUGUAUAUAUAAUUGGUGGUGUUAUUGGAGGAAGAGUUGCGUUUAACAGCAAUGAAGAGUUUGAUGCUAUGGAUGGAGAAUUAGUCUGUAGAGUGCUUCAAUUGAUGAAUCUGACUGAUUCGAGGCUUGCGCAGGGUGGCUGUGAGAAACUAGAACUGGCAAUGUUGAGUUUCUUUGAACAAUUUCGGAAAAUUUAUGUAGGCGAUCAAGUUCAAAAGAAUUCUAAAGUCUAUAGGAGAUUAUCUGAUGUGUUGGGUCUUAAUGAUGAAGCCAUGGUGCUUAGUAUUUUCAUUCGAAAGAUAAUAACAAAUUUGAAAUAUUGGGGUAGGAGUGAACAAAUAAUUUCUAAAACACUACAACUUUUAAAUGAUUUAUCUGUGGGUUAUAGCUGUGUUCGUAAACUUGUCAAAUUAGAAGAAGUACAAUUUAUGCUCAACAAUCAUACACGAGAACACUUUCCAUUUUUGGGAAACAAUGUUGCUGUAACAGAAAUGCGUUGUAGAUCAAUGUUUUACACAUCCCUCGGUAGACUAUUGAUGGUAGAUUUAGGUGAAGAUGAGGAGAGGUUCCAUACUUUCAUGUUACCUCUUACAGGUGCACUGGAGAGCCUCGGUCAAUUAAUGGGUGCUGCAGAUACACCCCUUUUUGCAGCAGAGGAAGCGAAGAAAGCGUUGAUUGGUCUAGCGCGGGAUCUUAGAGGCUUAGCUUAUGCAUUCAACACCAAGACAUCCUAUAUGAUGCUUUUCGAUUGGAUAUAUCCGAAUUACACGCCAAUUUUGUUACACGCUGUGGAACUGUGGCAUCACGAGCCGCAAGUGACAACGCCCGUCCUAAAGUUAUUCGCUGAGUUAGUACAAAAUAGGAGUCAACGAUUACAAUUCGACGCGUCGUCUCCGAAUGGGAUCUUGUUAUUCCGCGAGGCCAGCAAAAUAAUAUGUAGCUAUGGUAAUCACAUAUUAAACGUCGAAGUACCCAAGGAUCAGAUUUAUCCUUUAAAACUCAAAGGAAUAAGUAUAUGCUUUAGUAUGCUAAAGGCAGCCUUAUGCGGAAGUUAUGUAAAUUUUGGAGUGUUUAGGCUAUACGGCGACGAGGCGUUGGAUAAUGCCCUCAAUACCUUUGUCAAACUACUCCUUAGUAUUCCACAGAGUGAUCUAUUGCAUUAUCCGAAGCUGUCGGCAACAUAUUACUUGUUGCUUGAAUGUCUGGCUCAAGAUCAUAUGGUCUUUUUAUCCACUUUGGAACCUAGAGUUUUUCUCUACAUCCUCUCCAGUAUCAGCGAAGGCCUUACAGCACUAGAUACCAUGGUCUGUACUGGUUGCUGUGCAACUCUUGAUCAUAUUGUCACAUAUUUGUUCAAACAGCUUUAUCAGAAAGGAUAUCCAGGAAGGAAAAACGCAGUUGUUCCAGGAGGAGGAGAAUUAUUUUUGCAAGUUUUGAAACAGCAUCCUGAAAUACUUCAACAAAUCCUAAGUACUGUUUUAAAUGUGAUAAUGUUUGAGGAUUGUAGGAAUCAAUGGAGCAUGUCUCGCCCUUUGUUAGGUCUCAUAUUGUUAAAUGAAGAAUAUUUUAAUCAAUUAAGGGAAAAUAUUAUUAGAAGUCAGCCUGUUGACAAACAAGCAGCAAUGGCGCAGUGGUUUGAAAAUUUAAUGAAUGGCAUUGAAAGAAAUUUACUCACAAAAAAUAGGGAUAGGUUUACACAAAAUUUAUCAAUGUUUAGAAGAGACAUAAAUGACGCCCUAAAAGGACCUAAUAUAUCAAAUUCAGUCAGUGAUAUGAUGACAUCGUAGUAAUACUGCUCUCUUUCUCUCUCUCUCUCUCUAAGUUAGAUUCUUCUAGGUUCUUGCCUGCCAAAUGCUUGAAUGUGUGUGCGAGUGAAAAUCUAAAUUAAUGGUGAAAUUAAGAUUAUUGCUUUAGAUGAGUAUAAAGAUAAUAAAUACUACCGUUUUGUAUACAUGAGCAUUAUUGCUUGGCUUCCUAUUCUUCUUAAUUUAAUCUUUUUAGCUGCUUAAUUAGUUGUAAACAUCGCAUAUUGGUUCGUGUGAUAACAAUAAAAUUUACAUUAUAUUAUUUCCUUUCUCAU